UUCGGUACAUAUAAGUCCCUUUUUCGAUUAUUUAGAUAGGCAUCUUAAUUUAUUAGCUUUAACCCAUGCAUGUGCUUCCUCCGCAUAGAUUACUUUUCUCCGAAAUGGGGUGGUCUGUGAUAUCUUGGGCCAAACUACAAAAAAAUCCUUUAUUCUCCUAUUUUCUGCAUGUUUUUUUUUUCUUUCAAUUUUCCUGCAUCGAUCUUUUGUACUUACAAAAUAUCUCUGUGUUGAUAUUAAUUAAGUUUCAGUUAAGUCAAGCACGGAACGGGGGUAUUGUUAUCCAUGAUGGACACUCAAAUGACAUUCGCGUGACGAAGGAAAAAGAAAAAUCUGGAGGAAAGUGCAAGGGAAAAGAGAAGGUGACAUCCACGAGCAGGGGAAGAGAAAAUGCUAUUCAAGUGGAAGAGGAUGUGAGUGUGGUCCAGUCCAUCCCGCUCCCAUGUUAUGAUGUUGUAGAUCAUACGAAGAAUGGAGUUUAUACGGUUAGUUCGGGGUAUGAAUCGGCUCUAUCAAUUGGGCAACAGGGAAGUGGAAGGCAAAUGGAACGAGGGGAGCCGAGCACAAGGAAUGAGGACAGAAGGGUCAGGAAGAAGACCUACAAUUGUCCCUCCAUUGAGGAAUGCUUUCGCCAAGGCCACAAGACACGCCCGAAAACCAAACAAGAACUCCCCAAUUCUCUCCUCACCCCUAAAAACUUGCUCAAAAACAUCAUCGAUUCACUCCUCAACAACAUGAUGCCCUCUUCGCUGUUGGAUCAGAAGAGUUCUGCCAAGACCCUCCGGCAGCUCACCAAGCAGUACCCCCCGUUUCAGGACCUUUUUGGCAACGAGGCUGUUUCCAAAUUGCUCGAGCCACUUGAUGUUCCCGGUAACACUUGCCCUGAUCUCGAUCCCCAACUAGAUAUUAUCACCACGGUUUUUAACAUCUUGAUCUCCAACUUGCUCAAAAACAUCACCGAUUCGCUCCUCGACAACAUGAUGUCCUCUUUGCUGUCGGAUCAGAAGAGUUCUGCCAAGACCGUCCGGCAGCUCACCAAGCAGUACCCCCCGUUUCGGGACCUUUUCGGCAACGAGGCUGUUUCCAAAUUGCUCGAGCCACUUGAUGUUCCCGAUAACGCUUGCCUCGAUCUCGAUCUCCAACUAGAUAUAAUCACCACGGUUUUUAACAUCUCGCUGCCCGAUGGGAACAAGAAAGUGGUGGCAGAAAAUCAGCGUGUGAUCCCCUUACUUAUAAAUGCCUUGAGAACCGGUACUAGUCAGACGAAGAGCAAUGCUGCUGCUGCACUUCUCAACCUAUCAAAGCUCAAUUCGAACAGGACCCUCAUCCAUGAAUCCGGUGCUCUUGGGCCUUUGAUUCAUCUGGUAGGACAAGGGAACUCAGAAACCAUGACCGACGUCUGCAAAGCAAUGUACAUGCUCUGCUGGGAUGGUGCCAACACCGAUGCACAUAGAAGAAAAGCUGUCAGCGACGGCGCAGUGAGGGUGAUUUUGAGGAAGGUCAAGGACGGCGCUUUCCUUGAUUUGUUGUUACCCGUUUUGGCAACGCUUUCUAGCCUUCCGAGUGCUGCAGAGGAAAUGAGAAAGAUGGGUGCUGUGGCUUGCUUGCUCAAUAUCAUGGAGAGGGGUGAUAAAGACAGCAACGCCGUAAAGAGUUGUGCUGCGAUUUUGCGAAAUAUUUGCUCGUACGAUAAGGAUGAACUCAAGGAUGUAAAGCAAGAAGAAGCUGCGAAUGGUACCAUAUCCAGUGUGGCACUGAGGGGGACUCAAAAGAGCCGGAAGAAACGCCACUGGAUUGUGUGA